AUGGCGUCCAUCAAGCCCGUCAUGGCUAUCAAAAAGCCUACCGCCAGCCCCGGCAUUACCCCUGACGCCGAGAGACGCGUCACUAAACAGUCCUACCAUGGAUUGUCGGCCAUCUCUCUGAGAUCGCAUCACGUGGCCACCAACACCAUACCACGCGACAGUCUUGCUCUCGUCUUGCGCAAGGAUCUACAGACCGCUCUGAAGGAAAACAAAAGCCGCCCCUUACAAUGCUUUGGCCACAGACUGGUCACCUACAACAUUAAGGACGAGAAGAGUGUGGUGGAGUUUCUUGCUCAAUGGGUCAAGGAUAUGGAUGUCGCUGAGUCCUUGAGAGUUAGCAUGGAGUUUGGUUCAUCCCUUGGAGAACGAGACUCUUCCCCAGUGAUCAAGACUCUUGGAAUCUUUCACAGAGUCAUUAGUCAUUUCUCCAACAUGAACACCUACAACAGCGCUGUGUACGACUCCAUGAUCGACUGGUAUAUCGAAUAUAUCAAAAGCGACGACGUCAACCUCAACCAGGUCUUCAGAAUCUGCCAGUUCAACGACACACUGGAGGAAGGUGGACUGAUUCGCGUGUGUGCAAACGUCCUAGUUCAUCACGGCGAGACCUUGUUCACUCCAAAGAACUUCAGUGCCUUUGAGUUCUGGCUCAUGGAUCACAUCGACCAGAGCGCAAGAGACACCAUUCCGGGCGACGUGAUGGACCCUGCCUUCGACCAACAUUGUGCAUACCACCAUCACGCUGAAGGAGAGCUCUGCUACAAACAAAAGAUUCGUGAGAAGAUUCAAAAGUUGUCAACCUUGGUUUGA